CGCAAGCGCUCAGACACAGUGCACCAAAAAGUUACCAAAAAAGGGAAAAACAGACGUUAAGUUAACGGAGUUAACUACUACUGCAACUCUUCCUUCUCCAACAGGCAACAACGAACAACGGUGAGUUCAGAAACUCAUCGAGACAGAGUUACAGAUAGAGAAGAGAGACAAUGACAGCUCUAAAACCUUCACUUCCAAUGCUAUCUUUCUUCUUGUUGCUCUCACUAUAUUCCAACACUUUCAUCCACACAGCUCUCGCCGAUGGCGUCACUCCCGAGGAAGCUAAACAGCUCAGGGACGAGGUUAGGGAAAUGUUUUAUCAUGCAUUUAAUGGAUAUAUGGAGCAUGCUUUUCCACUUGAUGAAUUAAGGCCUCAGUCUUGUGGGGGUGAAGAUUCGCUUGGUGGUUAUGCCUUAACUUUGAUUGACUCCUUGGACACACUAGCUUUACUUGGUGAUCGAGAUCGCUUUGCGGCCUCUGUUGAAUGGAUUGGUAAAAACCUUCAGUUUGAUAUAAAUAAGACAGUAUCUGUUUUUGAGACUACCAUCCGUGUCCUUGGGGGUCUACUCUCCGCACAUCUUAUAGCAAGUGAUUAUGCUACGGGCAUGAAAAUUCCAACCUAUAACAAUGAGUUACUUAACUUAGCUGAGGAUCUAGCCCGGAGGUUGUUGCCUGCAUUUGACACUCCUUCAGGAAUUCCUUUCGGCUCUGUCAAUCUGAUGCAUGGAGUUGAUGAACAUGAAAGCAAGAUAACAUCAACAGCUGGUGGUGGGACUUUGACUUUGGAGUUUGGAGUGCUCAGCCGAUUGACAAAAGAUCCCAUUUUUGAACAAGUUACCAUGAAUGCAGUUCGCGGACUUUGGGCUCGCCGUUCAAGGCUUAAUUUAGUUGGUGCUCAUAUUAAUGUUUUUACAGGUGAAUGGACACAGAAGGAUGCUGGAAUAGGAACUAGUAUUGACUCUUUCUAUGAGUAUCUUCUAAAGGCUUAUUUAUUAUUUGGAGAUGAAGAGUAUCUAUUCAUAUUUCAAGAAGCGUAUGCUGCUGCUAUGCACUAUCUUUACAAUGAUCCUUGGUAUGUAGAGGUAAAUAUGGAUUCUGCUGCUGUUGUCUGGCCAUUAUUUAACAGUUUACAGGCAUUCUGGCCAGGACUUCAGGUUUUAGCAGGAGAUAUUGAUCCUGCAAUUCGAACCCAUACUGCUUUCUUUAGUGUGUGGAAAAGAUAUGGUUUCACUCCAGAGGGCUUUAAUCUUGCUACGCUCAGUGUUCAGCAUGGGCAAAGAAGUUAUCCACUGCGUCCAGAGUUAAUGGAGAGCACAUAUUGGCUCUACAAAGCCACUAGAGAUCCCCAAUAUCUUGAUGCUGGACGAGACAUGGUUGCCAGCUUGCAGUACAGUGCACGAUGCCCCUGUGGAUUUUGUCAUAUAUCAGACGUUGAGUUCCACAAGCAGGAAGAUCAUAUGGAGAGCUUUUUCCUAGCAGAAACAGUUAAAUACUUGUGGCUUCUUUUUGAUUUGGCUGUGGGACCAGAUAACCUUGUUGAAAAUGGGCCAUACAAGUACAUCUUUAGUACCGAAGGCCAUUUAUUGCCUGCAACCCCUGAAAUAUCUCUUGUGCAGGAACAUUGUUCAUAUUUUGGGGCUUAUUGUCACACCGGCAACAUGCAAAAUGAAUCUUCUGCAUCAGAUGUUGCAAGUAAUCCUCAAGAAACUAAUGAUGGUAGCUUAUAUGGAAGAGUUCGCACUAGAUUUCCUUCAGGCUCCACUUUUUCUGAUUCAACCCCUAUAUCAGGAUUGAUAAAAGGUGUUUGCCCAGGACUAACUCAUGGGCAAAAGUUCGGUAUAUCAUAUGUGGCAUCAAGCCACAGAGCUCAGGAGGAGUCCAGGAACCUAAGAAAACCAACUGUUGCAGAGAGCCAUUCACUGGUGGUUGUCCCAGGCCAAACUUCUGAGUACUCACCAUCAGAGAACAAGAAUUACCACGAGAAAUUUUCCGAAUCGAGUGUGGGAGGAGCAGUGAGUGAUACACCUCAAAAACGAUGAUGGCGUCUUUUUUAUUAAAUUGAACUUCUUUGUAGUUGGUUGGAAUUGCAGCCUCAGAAUAAUCAUUUCAGCCCCUUCGGUGCUCGUCCUAUAUUCUUCUGCUAAAAGAUCAUCAACAAAAAAAAAUGAUUUUGGGAAGGGUCUGGCAUGUCAAACUGAUUGAGGCUGUUAAUUGGAAGCCUUGGAACUGCUUGAGAUUCUCAAAUUCGGCCUACAUGUAAAUUAUGCGGCAAUUGCUUACAGAAUGAGCAUGGAGCUUUAGGGUAGAAAUAUAAACACGAAGAAUGAGGCUAUGUGAGAGAUCUGCCUUGCUGGUUAUACUGCUGCCCUUGAGACCUGAACACCGGCACUUCUUCACCUGUUAGGCUCAUGUAACUUGGCAUAGUAACUAAAUUUAUGUACAUUUUUAUUCUCUCUUUGGUAGGUCUCAAAAGUUUGAUUAUAUGUGGGGGUCAUCUGCUUAGAGAAAACACAGUCCAACAUGUGUAGGCAGCAGGAGCUGGACAUUUUCACUCAUGAUACUCGUGUGAGAGGACCCUGAUUUAGAGAGAUAUUUUAGUUUCACAUUAUGUACUUAAAUACAACACAGGCGAGAGAGGCUUAAUCUAGCUGAUCUUACUCUUACACAUAGAGUUGGAGUUGAUUCUUCGUGGGCUUGUGCCUAUUUUGA